GCGCUGGCUGCGAUUUGUUUUUUUUUGUAUUUCGUGUAAAUUUCUUCAGUUUUACCACGGUUAUGCUGUGAGCUUUACGAUUACGAUAUCCUGGUUGCUGUUUUGUUAGUUCAAGAAAAUAAUUUUUAUGAAGUUUCGGAAGGUUCAGAGCUAACAUGUCGCGAAAAUCAUUAUCGCUGUCUACAAUAUCAAAAAGUGGUUCUAAGAAACAAGCUAGUUUAAUGGCAUUCAUGGCUAAAACAGAUAGAACUAAUUCUAGGUAGGUAAACGAUCGCUGCAAGGAUUGCUGAGUUCAACUUUGUAAAUUCCGGUAUGAAGCAUUGUAAUAAAUCGAUAUGCAAUUGUUGAUUUGUGAUGAAGAUCCAGACGAUGAGGCUAAAUUGCGGUCUCCCAGCAUUUUCAAACCAAAGUUUUCGAAGAUCUCAGCCAAACAAUCCACUAUAGAGAUAGUUUCUAGUGAUUCCGAUACAUCUCCAGAACCGAAAAGCAAAGUAUUAUGGAAAACAGACGAUGAACAGUGCAGUUCCUCUAAAGCGAUGGAUGAAUAUGACCUGAUGGUGUCGGGAUAUUGUCCAGAUUCAGGAGCAAUUUCGAUGGGAUUGCAGUUGGAUUUGGAAAGUGACAGUCGGUAUCUGCAAGCUACAAAAAAGUUACAGGAAAAUUUGGCAAAAAUCAGCCCUGCCAAAAAUGCUUCAAUACCUACAGAAGGUUCUAAAGUUGGAAAGUUUCAGUACAAAGUUCCCAAGGCUUCAUCCAUGCUAGCAGCUUUGGACGUGCCGUUGAAGAAACCGAUCAACUUUAAUGUCACACCCGUCAAAAACGAAAACGAUCAGUGCAAGCCUUCCAGUUCUACUCCAAUUGCUUCCAGUAGCUGCUUCGAUUUCAAGCAGAAGCAGUCCACUGUUUUUUCCAACAAAAACCCAUCUAAAGUAAAGGAAAAGGGAUCGAAUAAUACCAACGGUUCGACCAAGGCCACAUUUGCUGGUAACAUAUCGGUCAGCACAACACCCAUUGCAACAACACGUUCCGUGAAAGAAAAUAUUACUUCUGAUUAUCGGUUGAGUUCAAAAGAGGAAAAUCUAAAAAUCAAGUUCGAUCCCGAUUUGGACGAAUACAUGGUAGAUGUUUUGAACAGCUCAAGUUUUAAAAUCAAUGGUUAUUCGCAGUCAAGCCUGAAAAACAACUGUAACUCACUGCAAGAAAUUCAAAAGUCGCUUCUGGAAAAAUAUUACAGUAUUCUAAGUCAACUUCCUAUUGAAUUCUUCAGCUCGAUAGACGGCUUUCGUCUCGACACAUACAGUAAGCUCAAAUCAUUGAUUGAAAACGUAAAAGGUAAAAUAAAAGUAAAUGAGAAGGCGUUGGAAAGUGUUGGAACUAAUUUCACGACUGGCUCGCGAAAAAGCAGACUGGACACGCCCGUUAACAACAGUAGAUUGGAAGUAAAUCGAAAAAUUAGUGAUAGUUCAAACAGCUCAUUGUAUGACACAAACUUCAAAGAACCUGAAAACGAUGUGGAUACUGAUAGUGAUAUUUUGUCUACACAAUCGUCAUCGAAGUCGAGCGCUUUUAUAUUCAAGAAACCUAUUUUUGGUACAAGCACUGUUUCCUCUGUUAUCACAUCAACAGCGGCAGAGACGGGAGAAAAUGAAGAUGAUGAAGAUGAUAUUGAAUCUAUACUAAAUAAUAUUCGAGAAGCGGAACUUAUUGACAAAGGACAGGCUCAUCAGACAAAUUUGAGCGCAAUAGACCUGGUGACCCCGGAAAGUUCGUUCCGUCGGCCGGAGCCACGUGUUACUUUCAAUGCCCAGGAAACAUCGUUGCGCAAUACUCAAUUUAUUGAAAACAUUGAAACGCAGUUAGAUGACGAUGGUUGGCAGGUUUACGAUCCCUCACAAUUCGAGGACGAUAAAGAGGCCAUCUGCAUAGCAGACGUAUCUGAAGUCUUUCCCAGCACAUCUUUCAAUCAACGAAACAUCUCCAAGAAUGAUUCUACUGUUUGCCAAUUAUUAGACAGAAGUUCAAGUCAGGCUUCUAAUAAUGUCCUUGAAUCACAGAAAUCGCUUGGAAAUUUCCAUUCUGGAGUACGGAACGACGGAGUAACUGGAGAGUUUGAUGGAAUGAACUAUGCACACUCAAAUGAGAUGAGAAUAGCGUUCAGAGAAACCUUUGGCCUUCGGUCGUAUCGUCCUAAUCAGCUGCAGGUGAUCAAUGCCACACUUUUGGGCUUCGAUUGCUUUGUGCUAAUGCCUACAGGCGGUGGAAAAUCUCUGUGCUAUCAACUUCCGGCCCUUCUUAUAGAUGGCGUAACGAUAGUGGUUAGCCCGCUUAAGUCACUGAUGCUGGAUCAAGUCAACAAGCUUAGCGCAUUGGGCAUCCCAGCUGCUCAUUUAUCCGGAUCGGUAACCGGCGCAGAAGAGCAGAAAAUAUACAACGACUUGCAGAGUCCGAGUCCAGAACUGAAACUACUUUAUGUUACUCCGGAAAAAAUAUCAGCUUCGGCGCGAUUUCAAAAUGCGCUAUCUGGCUUAUCUCGAAUGAAUAAGUUGGCUAAAUUCGUCAUAGAUGAAGCUCAUUGUGUAUCCGCUUGGGGACAUGAUUUUCGGCCGGAUUAUAAAAAGCUUUCGGUGCUCCGAGAACAAUUUCCUACGAUCCCUUUCAUGGCAUUGACGGCCACAGCUAAUACACGUGUCAGAAGUGACGUAGUAAAACAGCUUAAAAUGAAAAGUAAUACGAAGUGGUUCCUCUGCAGCUUUAAUCGGCCAAAUUUGAAGUACAUCAUUCGACCAAAGAAAGGCGUGGCAACUAAAACAGAAAUCAUCGAUCUGAUCAAAAGCAAGUUCCCUCGUGCGUCAGGUAUUGUUUACUGCCUGACGAAGAAAGAAUGUGACCAGCUCGCGGAUGAAAUGAAAAGUGCUGGCAUCUCGGCACAAAGCUAUCAUGCGGGAAUGCCAGACGUACGGAGGGAAUCAACGCAAAAGAAUUGGAUCACAGAUAAAACUAAAGUUGUUUGCGCGACUAUAGCUUUUGGCAUGGGAAUAGACAAACCGGAUGUGCGUUACGUCAUUCACCAUUCCAUGCCAAAGAGUAUUGAGGGAUACUAUCAGGAAGCAGGCAGAGCUGGUCGAGAUGGUGAACUGGCAACUUGUAUAUUGUAUUACAGCUAUUCAGAUAUGCAUCGGUACAGGAAAAUGAUAGAUUAUGAGAACAUUCCUUUCGAUGCUAAACAAGUACAUGUGAACAAUUUAUAUCGCAUGGUUAACUAUUGCGAAAAUUACGUAGACUGUCGGCGAAAGCAACAACUGGAAUACUUCGCCGAACAUUUUACACGAGAGCAAUGCAUGCAGAAUCGUUUCAGCGCGUGUGACAACUGUUUGUCUCAAAGCGAUUACACAACUGUUGAUGCUACGGAUGACUCUUUAGCAAUAGCAAAGAGCGUGCGAGAUUUAUGCUCAGGAAGCAAUCGCUUUACGCUCCUGCAUCUAGUAGAAGUGUUUAAAGGAAGCGAACAACAGAAAAUACUCGAAAAUAAUCAUCAUAAAACACAGUACCAUGGACGUUUAAGGUCGUGGGAGAAAAACGACAUUCAAAGGCUGAUACACAAGCUGGUCAUCGAAGAUUAUUUGAAAGAAGAUAUAAUAUUCAGCAAAGGUAUUCCCCAAGCAUACAUUAAAAUCGGGUCAAAAAUUGAGAAACUUAUGAAUCGUGAAGUACGCAUUGCUUUCUCGCUGACGGCUAAAACCUCUGGCAAGAAAAUCCAACCCGUCGAUGUUGCCAAUGAACCGAAACUUGACAAUCAAAGCAAAUCGCUAUUUAAGGAUUUGCAGGAACGAUGUUAUAAUGAUUUGCUGGACAAAUGUAGAACACUCGCCGCCGAUAGAAAUGUUACGCUUGCUUCGGUUAUGAAUAUGCAGGCUCUCAAAGCCAUGGCAGAGCAACUACCGGAGACGCAGGCAGAAAUGCUAGGCUUGCCACAUGUCACGAAGGCUAACUUUGAGAAAUAUGGACAAGAGUUGCUCGAGAUCACCCAAAAUUAUGCUGCUGAAAAAAUAAUCCUAAUGCUUGACGCUGGUGGUGAUGAAGAUGGAGACAGCAGUGAUGGAAGCGGGGAAGGCAACGAUAAAACAGACUGGGGUCGACUGGCACGAGAGGCGUCAGCGAGCAGUUCUAGCGCCGGCGGAGUGAAACGUAAACGAAGUUGGCGCUCGGGCAAAACAGGAACCAAGCGGUAUAAAAAAGGUGGCAGGAAGUCGAGCGCUCGUUCAAAAACUACUAGCCCUCGUAAAGUAGGAGCAAAGAAAAGUACUGUGAAGAGAGGAAAACAGAGUGUUCGACCUGGGGCCUCAGGGUUCGGACUACUACCGCUCCUGGGUAAUCGAUAGCUGUAAAUGUAAUGUUUUGUAUUUUUUUUACUAUAAAUGAUCAAAAAACAGUAAACGGUUUAUUUUUUAUUGCCGAUAUAAA